UCCCCUUCCAAUAAUCAGUCCUCACCACACACUCAAUUUUCAUCUUCUUUCUAGCAUAACCUAAUUUCCACCAUGCUUCUUAAGGUUGCACCUGCUUUUUCUUUGUUGAACACUUCAACCCAUGGUGAAAAUCUGAACCCCUUGUUCUCAUCUGCCAAAAAUGGAAAUCGGUUUAUGGUUUGUGCUUCAAAGGCAACAAAUCAUAAGCCUUUAACAGGUGUUGUGUUUGAGCCAUUUGAGGAGUUGAAGAAAGACUUGAUGCUUGUACCCACUGUUCCUCAAGCCUCUCUUUGUCGUCAUAAGUACUGUGAUGACUGUGAAGCUGUCAUUAACGAACAGAUCAAUGUGGAAUACAAUGUUUCGUAUGUUUAUCAUGCGAUGUUUGCUUAUUUUGAUCGAGACAACGUUGCUCUCAAGGGUCUUGCCAAGUUUUUCAAGGAAUCUAGUCAAGAGGAAAGGGAGCAUGCCGAGAAAUUUAUGGAAUACCAGAACAAGCGUGGUGGGAAGGUGAAGCUGCAGUCUAUCUGUAUGCCACUAUCUGAGUUUGAUCAUUGUGAGAAGGGAGAUGCUUUGUAUGCUAUGGAGCUCGCGUUGUCUUUGGAGAAGUUGACAAACGAAAAACUGCUAAACGUGCAUGCUGUAGCCUCGAAACACAAUGAUGUGCAAUUGGCUGAUUUUGUUGAAAGCGAGUUCUUGGGAGAACAGGUGGAAGCUAUCAAGAAGAUCUCAGAAUAUGUUGCUCAGCUAAGAAGAGUUGGCCAAGGACAUGGUGUCUGGCAUUUCGACCAGAUGUUACUGGAAGAGGGAGCUGCUGCUUGAAGGAGAAGAUAGAAUCUCUGUUUCCAUUUGUAUUUUGUCAUUGUUGUUUGAUUAAUAUUGGAUAUUAGAGUGGGCUCUCUGAGUUUGCCCUCUUAUUAGUAGUAGAAAGUAGUACUUAGCAAGUGCAUAUAAGGCUGGCCUAACAGAUCGAUCUAGUCAGCUGUGGUAUUGUUUACUUACUAGUUUUCAAGUGCUUUGGGGUUUAAUUAGUUCCAUCUAUGCUAGCAUGCUUGCGAGUAGUAGCUUGAAACUGAACUGUGCACUAGAGAGCAUUCUAUAAAUUUAAGUAAAUCUCCGUUUGUCUCAA